AUGAAAUCCAUCCUCUCCCUUACCGCUCUCCAGCUGCUGGCCAGCUCCUCCUUGGCUCUCCCACUGGCGGACAGGGACAUCCCCUGGCACAUCACCGUGCCCAAGAACCUGACCCCGGGUCUAUCCAAGCGCCAAUCCCUGCCCACAACCUGGGACCCCCCCUCCAACCUCGUGACUCCGCUCGAAGAAGUCUGGCAGCAUCAACUCGACACCUACAGCGACGCCCUCGGGUUCCAGAACUACGGCUACGACCAAGUGAUCGCCGGCGGCGGGAAGAUCAACUACUGCGUGCGCUGGGAAUCCAGCCAGACGCUCACUGCCGCACAGCGGGACCAGAUCGCGGCGGCAGCCAGUCGCUCGUACAACAAGUGGAUUUCCGGUCUUGCGGGCUUCGACGGGUGGCCGUAUGACACCGUUGAGGUGAAUGUCGUCGGGUAUGCGGUUUCCGAUGCGUCGCUUUUGGAGGGCGAUACCACCGGCCUCGACAUUUAUACUACGACUGAUGCCGAUGGCAUUCCGGAGUGUGAUCCGGCUUGCGGACGGUUUUUCCAUCAGGAUGGGGAUUAUAGCGGGUGUGCGGCUGGGGCUGAUCGUCAUUAUGACGAGAGCCUGUGGCUCACUGAUGGCUUCAGUGGCGGUACCGGUGGCGACUGGGGUCAACGCAUGGGGCGGGAGUACUUUAUGGAGGCUGUCGAGUCGGAGAACAUCCACAUCUACCUGCACGAGAUUGGACACACCUUUGCAUUGGAUGACUUCUACGACUGGACCCCCACCGGCGUAACCAACUUCAUCAUGCUCGCUGGCUCCGCGACCGAAAUCACCGAGUUCGACUACUGGAUGGUCCGCGACUGGUGGCGCAACCUGAAGGACCGAUACGAUCUGUCCAACACCGGCUCCUCAACAUCCCCUGCAGAGUCUUCAGCCGCGUCUUCGUCCUCGGCCACCGCCGCGCCCACCACGCUGGUCCCCGUCCCGACUCCGACUUCCUCGUCUCUGACUACCCUGCUGCCGACCAUCUCGGCCCCGGCUAUCCCCACCCAGGUUGCUCCCCUGCCUGGGGCUGAGACUUCGUCUGUCCCUGUCGCCCCGGUGCCGACCCCUUCAGGUACAGCAGCUCCUCAGCCUUCCGCUACGACCACCAAGAAGCCUUGCUCGCGCCCGACUUCGCUUCCUUCGUGGGGCAACAAUGGCUGGGGUGAGCACAAGUGGCAGGCACACCCCUGGGCGAACAAGCGUGCUUGA